GCUGCGGGACAGAAUUCUAGCCAAAAUAUUUUUUUUAAAAUAUAUAGUUUCGAUUUUGAAGCAGUGGAGCUAUUUAAAGAGUGCCACAAUUCAGCAGUGGUGUGUUAUAUUUGUUGGAAACGGUAAACUUGGAGGUGACUGGAGCGGGGAGAAAAAGUUUUUGAAACUUUUCUGAAGUUAGUGACAGAGUUUGCUCCCCCCGAUCAAUGACCGAGUGUGAAUGAGCAGCUCGCUCUCCAGCAUCGGCGGCUGCUGUCACCGCGAUGUCCCUGGACAGAGGUGAUCCUGCUGCCGCCUUGGAGCCGGGGCCGCCCGGAGACCUCCGCAAGUGGAGAGAGUUAGUCUGCAGCCGGGAGGAGGGCAACCGGGCAGCGGCGAUGGAGCGAGCAGCCCGCACCGUGCACGCCUGCCUGGACCAGCAGCAGCAGCAGCCGCCGCCGCCGCCCGGGCGACAGGCGAGGGACCAGCUCCAGCUACAGCAGCUCCUCCUGCUCCUGCUCCGGCUCUCGCAGAGCUGCCCCUUCCCCGAUGUCCGAGAGAGGAGUGAGCACAUCCUGCACACCGUGCUGGAUCGCAGAGUAAAAAUACCUCGCCCAUUAGGACAAGGUCCGAGUGCCUUCAUUCCAGUCAAAGAGAUUCUGCAGAAAGACCUAGAAGAUGCUGAAAGACAGAUCUUUAUUGAAGCUUUCGUCUCCACUGGUCGUGUAGAUAAUGUUACCAUGGUGAUGGGCAUGCACUCACAGUACCUUGAAAGUUUUUGGAAAACACAGUACUAUCUUUUACAGAUGGAUGGUCCUUUACCAUAUCAUUAUAGACAUUACAUUGCAGUGAUGGCUGCUGCACGACAUCAGUGUUCAUACCUUGUCAGCCUCCACAUCAAUGAGUUUCUUCAGGUCGGUGGAAAUCCGGAGUGGUUAAAUGGCCUCAACUUUGUACCUCCGAAAAUGCGGACUCUCAACGAAAUCAACAAAAUCCUCGCACAUCGACCAUGGCUGAUCACCAAAGAACAUAUCGAGAAUCUGCUGAAGACUGGUGAGAGUAGCUGGUCACUCGCUGAACUCAUCCAUGCUGUCGUCCUUCUCACACAUUACCAUUCCCUGGCAUCAUUCGUUCUAGGCUGUGGCAUCAGGCCAGAGCUGGACCAGGAUGGUGGCUACACCUUCGGACCUCCUUCUCCACAAAGCGGUGACUCUGACAGUGCUAGUAACAGUGGGUCAGAGGAGGCUAUCAAUGGCAGUGCAAGCAGAGAUGGUUUACAGGAGCUGGAGGUUCUAAUAGAGAAAAUGAAACUGCUGCAGGAAGGCAGACAGGAUGAGGAAGCGAGCCAGGAGGAGAUGGCAACACGAUUUGAAAGGGAGAAGAGGGAAAGUUUGCUGGUUGCACCUGCAGCAGAUGACAAUGAAUCACUCUCACCGACCAAUUUAUCAUGCUUUGUUGAAGAUGCAGAUUUUGGGUACAAGGAUUUUAGCAGACGUGGGGAGCAGACUCCUCCAACAUUCCGGGCCCAGGAUUACUCCUGGGAAGAUCAUGGUUACUCUCUGAUUAACCGACUGUACCCUGAAGUUGGGCAGCUCUUGGAUGAGAAGUUUCAAGUUGUGUACAAUUUAACCUAUAACACUAUGGCCAUGCACUGUGAUGUCGACACCUCCAUGUUGAGACGAGCCAUUUGGAAUUACAUUCACUGUGUAUUUGGCAUAAGAUAUGACGACUAUGAUUAUGGAGAGGUCAAUCAGCUUCUGGAGCGCAGCUUGAAGAUUUAUAUCAAAACUGUUGCCUGCUAUCCUGAGAAAACGACCAAGAGAAUGUAUGUAGGUUUCUGGAGACACUUCCGACAUUCAGAAAAGGUGCAUAUAAACCUGAUCCUUCUCGAAGCCAGAAUGCAAGCUGCGCUCCUGUAUGCGUUGAGGGCUAUUACACGCUACAUGACAUGAUCCUGUCGAAGCUUUCAGGACUGGCCCCAUUGGAAAGCAUCUAUUGACUUGCUUCACCUGAAGUGAGCAGCCGUGUGCAAUUCAGCAGAUUUCUAUUAUUUGUUUUUGGGGGAGCAAUUUCAGUAUUCCUUUUACUGUGUUCAGUACAUGGUGAAUUAUAGAAAAAGGUUUGAAACUUUGAGUUCAAACCAGAUGCAUAUAAAUGUUCUAUUUGCACCUCAUGGGUGAUAAUGCUAGAGAAGUAAAAGACUGAAUGUAUUGAAUUUGACUUUAAGCUGUGAACCUGGCUGUGCUGUCAAAGCACAGACCAUUGUGUGCGUGUGCGUGUGUGUGUGUGUUGACACUUCUCACUGAUCUCGUACUUAUUUAUGUUGUCACAGAUCGAUUUUCUUGAGUUAUUUUUGGCAUGGUAUCAUCUGUACACUGGUCUUGCAGUACCAAAGGUGACUUUAGACUAGAAUGUUCACUUUCAGCAUGCCUUCAUUUGGAAUGGGCAGCUUCCUUUUGGAAAAGUAUGCCAAGUUUGAAAUUGUCUUUAAGGAACCACUAGCCCAGUUUCAAGUCUUUUUUUCCUAAACACUUAAAUUGGAUGACUGUUUUGUAGGAUUACUGAAACAAAGCUGUUGUAUAGCCCAGGAAAUGCAUUAAACCAGAACAAAUUUGCAAAAGAGUAGAGUUCUUGCAGCAUUUAAAUCUUUUCAUUACCCUGCUACUGAUUGACUGACAGUGUAGAAAGUAUCACCAGUGGUGCUGCUGUUAAAUGCAUCAAUGAGUGGAUAAAUAUGAUGCUGUUACCUUAUCUCAUUGCUUUUUUUUUAAACAUUGCUCGUGAUGUUAUCUACACGGUCACCCAUGAUAUUGAAAUGCAUUAUUUGGAGUCAGUAUAAUAGUUUCCUUUUUAAUCAAUGAUUAUUAUUGGUCCAAAACGUUAAAGAAAAUGUCAAAAUUUUGGAAAAUACACAUCCUCUUAAAGAAUUGUUGUUGCCUUGAUUUGCACGUGCCUUCCUCUGUGAAACUUUUUUUUUGUUUCUGAUUUUUGCACAUAGCAUUUUCUAAGCAUCUGGAUGCAUUUUGUUACUGCACUAAACAGUUUUUCCGCUGUUAAUAUUUUUUACACAUUGAUAAACUAGAAUUACCAUUUUUUGUGAUGAGUAGGAUGUAUCCCCUUGUGAGCCAACACCGAUGUAAGAUAUGUAUAUUUUUUUCUAGUAACGAAGGCCUGUACAGUAGUGGGAGAGAAUCUUUAUUCGGUAUCACAUCUGAGCACAGUUUCUUUUUGUUUUGUUGCUUUGCCCCUGACGUAUACUGGUUUCUUUGCAGAGCAGAAAGAUCCAGGACUCAACUGUAUUUGUUUCGUUUGCUCAGUGAAUUUUUUCUUGAUCUUUUGAAAUGAAACGAGUAAUCAUUUUUAAAUGCUUACAUUAUCCAUAGCAUUAAAAGAUUCACCUGCAGAGUGCAGUGGGAAGUGACUGAUGCAGGCAUCCAACAUGUGCGGUGAACUUAACACCUGAUGUCAUUAAGCGUGAAGCCACCUAGUUUACAUCGAACUAUUCUGCAUCAUUAACACUCAGCUUUAUUUUAGAUGGCGGAAAGUUGUUUAAAUAGUGGGGAAAAUGAUGCUGACAAACUGGGUGGUUUCAAAUAUUGAGCCAUGUUUCAAAUGUAUAUUUUGUUGAUUAUUUAUACACCAGUGAUUGAACACUAAAGUUACUAGUUCACCCAGUAACCCAUCGCAGUUGUGUGGAUUUCCUGUGAAACCUGGGUCAAUUUCAGCAUUUUGGGAGGAGAGGAGAGUGUAGAAUGAAUAUAAAUGCCUGGCUGGGACAUGUUGUGACCUGUUAGACAAACCAUGUGCCAGAAUUCUGAGAUGGAAUAGUCAUGCACUCAUUUCCGUAGCUGUAGGGUUAGGCUUUAAAAAAAAUUCACAGCACUGUCAAAAGGAUAAAAGUAAAGCCAGUAUGUUCAAUGUCAAAUGAACCAUCUGCACAAUUUCUGUAAACAGUUUUUGCAAUCACAAGGUCAAAUGAGCAAGUAUCUAUUUACCAUUUAGAUGCUCCUAGUUGCAUGAAAGUCAUAGGCUACUUUUUUAAAAAAAAAAGUCCUUUUUAAAGUCAACAAAAAUUGACACCUAUUUAUGACCUAGCUUUGAAUCUCAUUUGUAGAUGGUGUCUGAGAAUGCCCUGAGCUUUACUACACUCCCGUAUUCCUCAGAUAUGAGAACCCCUUCUAAGUUUAUUACCGAUAAAAUUACUGAUGCACUGAACUAUUUUUAUUUUAUAAUGGACAGCACAGUUAACUCUUGAUGCAGUGCUGAUCUCUAUUACUUUGCUGUCCCUUGGACACUCUACAAUGUACUUAACUCUUAUUUCCCCUCUUUCAGUUUUGUGCUGGUUUUGACGUUGAGUGGUACAACAUUUAAAUUUGUGAGCAAUUUACAAACAGCUGGAAACUUGUACCAAAUUUUACAGCUGAUUCUCUUGGAUUUUUGUCAACAAGCAUGUUGCAUUUGUGGAAGCUGAUCUUAGCUUGGUUUUGUCCACAGGUGACUGACCUGCGUUCUAUUUUUCUGCAUGCAUCUAGCAUACAAGCAGGGCUUAAGAGAAAGUGUAAUUGAGUCUUCAGAAAUCUGUGAACCUACUAAGCUGUUUAUUGACUGACUUAAUUUCAUCUUGGGAGUUUUGUGGGAGUUUUAGAAGUUGUAAACCACUUUUGACUUGAUUCCUUAAAAUAAAGAUACUUUUUUAAAAAUG